AUGGAUACAAAGAAGACUCAAAACGGGAAAUGGAUGUUGCCGUUCAGCUUGCCCCGUCAAGAGUUUGCCACAGAGAACGGAUGUCAGGACCCAGUGUUGGUAGAAUGUUGGAGACGGACGUGGUGGAUGCUGUUCAUCGUGGAUGCCUUUUACGCAGGCACAUUGGGCGCCAUGAAUUUUGCGACGCUAGAUGUUGAGGCUACAGUUGAACUGCCUUGUGAAGAGUCCGAGUAUGAAUCAGGUGAAAUCCCCGAGCCCAAGACCUUGGAAGAGUUCGAGUGUCGUGAGUUUACUUCCGACGACACGUCAUUCUCUUCUUUCGCGUAUCUCAUUGGCGCCGUACGAUGUGCAGCAUUGGCAAUCUCAAUAGCACCAAAAGUUGCUGUCAAGGAAGCCUCAACACAGGUCAUUGAGGCUGCCGACUCUGUGGUUGAUGCAUGGCUUCUUUUACUGCCCAAAGAUGACAAGCAAGUCAUUUCCAAGACAGGCAUCAUUGAUGAGCUCAUGUUCCAAGCGCAUUUGGUGAUCCAUGUUGCAACUAUCGGCCUACACAGACCUCUAUCAGACCUCAGAUUCAACGCCAUCGAGAGUGUCUCGAGCUGUGCCCGGGAUCCUCCUGCCGAUUCCCCCACACCGGAUCUAAUCAACGUACACACAAUACGUGUUCUGAGAUCAGUAGAAGCUCAGAUUCGUCUCCUCGCAUUGCCAGCUCGACCCUUCAACCACACACCAUUCAUCACCUGCAUGGUGAGCGAAGGCACGUUGGCCCUACUCUCAGCAUGUAAUUUCCUACACAAGGGAAAGGAGCUGGCAAUAGCAAGAGAUCAGAUCCGCAUGACCAUUGGGUGUUUGAAAGCAUUGGGAGAGGUAUGGCCCAGAACAGCUAGGAAUGUGCGGGAGAUUCAGAUGAUUGCACGGCAUGUGCUUGGGCUAGGGCCAAAAAGUACAAAGAGCAACACUCCUCAGUCAACUGGAGUACCAAGCCUCUCUGGCGGCGAGGGGCAGGAGACACUUGGCUCCGAAGGCGGACAGCUGAGCAGUGACGAUGAUAUUCUGGUGUCUCUUGCGAAUAUGGAUACAGUAUGUGGAUGGUAUAGUUCCAGUGAUUUCGCCACAGAUAUGGCAUGGUGGACAGGGCAGUAA